AGAACGGUUGUAGAGAAAGACACAGAUUUAAAUCAACAUGCGUUUCACCUCCUGGCUCCUGGCUGGUAUGCUGACAAUACAGGCAUCCACACUGUGCUCUGCAGGCCCUUUCCAUGCACAGUGCAAAGUGGAAUGGUACUUUGGACUUCCCUGCAGAAAUGUGUAUGAGGCCUUGGUCACUCAGAUUAAGAAUUGGAGGACAAUGUCAGGUUGCAUCAUGGGGGGAGAAAGGUGUCUAUACAAGCUCCAAUCAGCCUCCCUGCACUUCAUUUCAGCAAAGCACACCACACCAGUAAAGAAAUAUGUGGAUGAUAUCACCUUCCGAUUGGUCUCUUAUGGAUUUUUCACUCAUUGCCAUGUAUCAGCAAUGUCAGUCUCAGAAACAUGGUAUGCUGUUAGAGACCAUGGCACCAAUUACUGUAACCUCUACAACUUAAUGGAAGGGAGUGGACUGACUGAGGCUCCAGAAUAUAAGGAAAUCACCAGUGACUUUAUGUGCACCCAGCGGUCCUCUGCCAACUGUACUGUGUACUGAGACAGAUGUCAGCUUCAUGUUAUCCUCACAGCUAUACUACAGACAUUACCAUCAUGAUCAAUCUUUUUUGAUUAUAAUAGGUAAAAUUAGUUCAUUUGGGUUUUUUUACUUCAGUAUUACUUGCAGGAGAUGAUAUUUACUGAAUUUUAUCCACUUAAUAUCUUCACCCUUUAAACAUACUAGUUGAAACUGAAGGCAAUUUGAUCUACAAUAGCACAUGAAAACCUCCAGCCUGAGCAAGCUAGUAUGACUGGCCUGGAAUAUAGAUCAGAAACACAUUUUCCUUUUAGGAUGCAAAAAUUAAUAUAUGGAAGAUUAUUUAACAAAACUGUAGCUAACUGUUACAUUGUCACAUGUAGCAUGUGCUAUAUACACAUGUAUGUUGCUAUUGUUGGAAGAAAACCGAAACGAUAACUUUACAGGA